AUGGUAAAUUAUAAAAUAAAGUAAAAGAAUGUUUAUAAGAGAUGUAUUUUGCUUUCAAGUGUUCCUUUAAGUGAUUUUAAUAAAAUUCCAUCAUUUCCUUAAAUAUCAUUAAAUUCAAUUUAAACAUUAAGUAAUGAAAUAAUUAAAGAAAUUUAACCUAUUUUCAAUGUAAUUAUUUAUUUAUUUAAUUAUAGAAUUAAUUAAAAUAAAUUAAAUAAUAAAAUAAUAUUAAAGACAUCAUUAAAUAAUACAAUAAUUAUUAAUUUAAUUUAAUCUAAAAUCAUUCAAUUCAAUAAAAUUAAAGGUGUCAUGCAAUAGCUUUUAAUAAAGAUAAUUCUAUUGUAUUAGCUACUUGUGAAAAUGAUAUUAAAGUAUUUGAAUUUAAAUAAGAACAAUUGACAUUAACUUAAAUUCUAAGUGAACAUAAGGAUUUUGUUACUACUUUAAAUUUCAUGAAGAAAUCUAAUCAAUUUAUAUCUGUAAGUUUUGAUAAAUAGAUUCUAAUAUGGUCUAUGAAUCAUAAUAAUUAAUGAAUUAGGUAAUAGAAAUUGAAUGGAGAUUCUUAUUCAAGUUGUUGUUUAGUAUUGAACAAAAAUGAAGAUCUUAUCAUUUUAGGAUGUUGUGAUAAUACAAUUAAAUUUUGGAUAAAACAGAAUGAAUGGCUAUGUUCAUAAACUAUUACAGAUCAUACAGGUAAUGUAUGUGGAUUAAGUUUGAAUGAUUAAUAGAAUAAAGUAAUAUCUUGUGGAUAUGAUUACUUUAUAUUAAUAAUAGAAUAGACAUCAUAAUAUUAUAAAUGGAAUGUAAUAUAAUAGAUAUCAGUUUAAAUGUUUAGUUAUUGA